CCGUCAUGCACUUCGUGGCGAAGCCAAGUCAUCACAAAAUGUGUUCGAAACUUCAGACUCACACAGUGUCCUAAAAUGGCGGACGUGUGACAUCUGGAAAUUUUAAUGUGCGACGACUUUCUUGUUAAAGCUCCGGAGGGGCUUCUCGUGAUUUCAUCACGGUUAAGGCCAAGCCCCGUGCACACGGCCCGAUGGAGCGUCAGGUGAAGCUGCUGAUGCUGUGUGGUCUGACGCUGCUGCUGACGACAGGCGUGCGCUGCAGAACUGCCGCGCGACGAUCGGACGAAGGCAUUCCUAGCUACGUGGGGUACAAAGUUCUAAGGGUCACCUCACGUAGCAGGGAGGCGCUCAGCAGAACACUCAGACAUUUCGAAAAGCAGCAGGGAGAUGUCUGGUCCCACCUACCCUACUCAGCGAGUGUUAUGUUUCCCCGAGAACAAGUGGAGGAAGCUAUCAGAAUAGCCAAGAAGGAAGGACUAGGAAUUUCUGUCAUCUUAGAUGAUGUUCAAAGAUACCUGGAUGCAAACCACAGAAAGCGACAUGAACGCAGAAAAAGAGCCGCAACAGUGGAUGUAACUAACAGCUACUUAGGACUGGAUGAGAUCAACGCAUUCCUGCAAAACGUGACCAGAAGUGCGUCAGCUGCUGACGUCAUCUCUUCCACCAUCGGUCUGUCCUUCGAAGGGCGAAACACACCUGUGAUCGAGAUUAGGGAGCGAAACACGAAGAGCUCAGGGACACAGAAAAAAGCGAUUAUAAUCGACGCUGGGAUACACGCGCGUGAGUGGAUCGCUCCGGCCCUCGCUCUGAACAUCAUCAACAAGCUUGCUUUCAACCCUGACAACGACCCAGACGUGCUCGAUCUUCUAAAGAAGUUUGACUGGAUUAUCGCCCCUGUUGUAAACCCUGAUGGAUACGAAUAUUCUAGAACAAACAGUGGGGCACGCCUCUGGCGGAAGACAAGAACGAGUCAGUACAGUGAGUCGUGUAAGGGAGUGGACGCCAACAGAAAUUUUGGUUUUGGCUGGGAUCCAGAUGUAGGUGGCAGCAGGGAGCCGUGCAGUGACGUCUUCUCCGGCAACAUCGCUUUCUCGGAACCGGAAGCUCGCAACAUGCGCGACUGGUUGCAGCGGAACAAAGGUCGAGCAGCCGCCUACCUGACGCUGCACAGCUACGGGCAGUACGUCCUCUACCCUUACGGCACAUGCGACAACAGAGUGGCAGACAACAAGGACAUCUUGGAAGACCUUGGAAAGACAUUCGCGAACGCUCUGGGACAGAAAGGAAGACGCUAUUCCGUUGGAAACUCUUGUCAAGUACUUUACCCUGCUGCUGGUGGGUCCGACGACUACGCAAAGGGCUCUCUCGGCAUCCCCGUGGCAUACACCAUCGAGCUGUCUCCUGGAGAGAAAAAUUUCUUCUUUGGUUUCGAUCUUCCCGAGUCUGAGAUCGCUAGUACCGUAGCCGACACGUGGUUCGGUCUCAAGCUGAUGGUUCAGAGACUGUACCAGUUGUAUUCGGGGUCGAACAGUGCUGGGUCCCAAACGCCCAGGACAGGGUCCAGUGCCCAGUCAGCCAGCCAGACCCAGCUCGUACCAGUGGUCAUCAACGGCAUCACUUACUACUUCAACUCCUCAGAUCCCAACACCCAGCAAUGGCUGACAGCUUACAGAUCACUGUCAGGGUAGGCAGCGACUGGACUCGGGACACGGGGUGUGUGUGGUGUGCCUAGUCAUGCGGGCCAGGAUCAGAUGUCUCUGGGUGUAAAGUCCAAAGAAGCGCCGAAGGACAGAGGGGAGGGGUAUCAGGUACACCCUAAAGGUCAUGUAAGCUCUUAUAAGCAAGGAGAUAAAUAAAUAGUCAUACAAUAGACAUUACUGUCCCCAACACUGCUGCAGUGUCUUAUAAACCAAACACCAAUAACACCUUAAUCAACUCUUUGUUGGCCUGCAAUUUGGUGUGUAAAUGCAUAUUAUUUAUAUAUAUAUAUUAUAAACAUGAGUAUAGUGGAUUGACUAGUCUGCUUGCUCGUCUUUUCUACAGAUUUAUGACCUUCUCCAUCUUUAUUGUUUGGUUUCCUGAUUCCUAAUUGUAUCUUCUACAUUAGUCUUUUAUUAGACUUGUCUGCAUAGUUGUUUCUCCUUCUGUCCUUCGUAUUCUGUCCAUGUCAUCUACUUGUCUUAAACCACAACAGCAUGCUCCUUCGUAAGCGUGACUAUGCAAUAUAUAAAUCAUUAUUUACUAUUAAGCGUAGCAGACGCUCAUCAGCAGCAAUUCUAUCUAUGUACGAGAUUAAGCCACGUGAUCCAGAUGACCAACCAGAAAGCUUAACUAGGGUCCCUAUAUAAUAACUUCCCUCAGGGGGAAAAAAAAAAAAUUCGCGAAUGUGUACAUCGAAAUAUACUAGAUAUUAUGGAAUGAGUUUGCUGAAGAUAACCAUCAAUUAAAACACGUCUUUCACAACGAAAGCUCCAUGUAGUUCUGUAGUUAAGUCGCCUCAGAAAUGGGCCAAGAGGGAGGGAACUACAGAGAGAGGGGACACAACUUCAAGGAGGCAUUGUGUUGUCUCAGGAAGACCACAUAGCAGUGAUGUCUCGUCUUGCAACCAAAUCACUCACUACACUUUCAAGUAUGGAUUCAAUCUGCUUUGUUCAACAUUUUGCAUUGCGCAUGACAUUUCGUGUUUGACCGUUUCAAGUAUAUUUAAUUUAAUCCAUUUCCUUGAUUCCAUUAAAUGCACAAGAUUCGGACUUAAUCGCUCCAUGCAUGCAACAGACCCGUUCGAUUCGAAAUAGAUUAUGUUCAAACAAAGACAAUCAGAAGGAACAACUUUUAAAAAGUAUUUUAAGUCAUAAAAUGAGAAAACAUAUACAUACAUUAACGUACUGUAUGUGCAAAUGAAACAUUCCGAGAUCAUCAAAGUGUAAACCAUCUUUUUUUCCCAUGGAUCCUUAUUAUCUAAAUCUGCACUGCCUUCUUUAUGUUGACAUGGUAGAUAGUUUAACUGUAAAAUAGGGGCUUGCCCUUAAGCAUGUCUGAACAUGUUAUUCGUGACCUAAAAAAA